AUGAAAUAUACGCUUCACCACCAUCUUUUAUUUUCUUUCCCAAUCAUUGACUCAUCACCACCAUCAUAUCGUUUAGGUAGUAACUUAGUCCUCAAAGCGCGUAGUAUAAAGUUGAACAUGGCAGCAAAACUUUUUCGGCUUAGCGCCUACAUAGACCGCCGUAGUUCCAUUUCCACCACUUUUUGUUCUUCUGCCCUUUUUAUCUCAUCAUAG